AUGGUUCCUCGGCAGACAGCUAAAUGGUUCCUCGCUAAAUGGUUCCUCGGCAGACGACUCGCUAAAUGGUUCCUCGGCAGACGACUCGCUAAAUGGUUCCUCGGCAGACGACUCGCUAAAUGGUUCCUCGGCAGACGACUAAAUGGUUCGACUCGCCUAAAUGGUUCCUCGGCAGACGACUCGCUAAAUGGUUCCUCGGCAGACGACUCGCUAAAUGGUUCCUCGGCAGACGACUCGCUAAAUGGUUCCUCGGCAGACGACUCGCUAAAUGGUUCCUCGGCAGACGACUCGCUAAAUGGUUCCUCGGCAGACGACUCGCUAAAUGGUUCCUCGGCAGACGACUCGCUAAAUGGUUCCUCGGCAGACGACUCGCUAAAUGGUUCCUCGGCAGACGACUCGCUAAAUGGUUCCUCGGCAGACGACUCGCUAAAUGGUUCCUCUAAAUGGGCAGACGACUCGCUAAAUGGUUCCUCGGCAGACGACUCGCUAAAUGGUUCCUCGGCAGACGACUCGCUAAAUGGUUCCUCGGCAGACGACUCGCUAAAUGGUUCCUCGGCAGACGACUCGCAAUGUAGUAGAGUAGUGUGAGAAAACAUAUAGUACUCCCCUAUUUUCAACAGCUCUCUUGUCCCAUGGGAUAACCUUCCUGACUCUUAUUGCUGACGAUGUGCUGAGUGAUCCACUGUACUGAAACACAAAGGGGCGUAAUGUUUAUCGUUUUUGUCUUUUCACUUUUUUGUUGUUGUUGAAUGUACGUUAAUGUAAUAACACAUCUAUUAUGAAUAAAGAAUUACGUUUGUGUGUCUGGA